GCCCGAUAUUCCACGAAAAAUCAAUGCCAAACUUGAACCGAUUGUUUCAGAUGUAGUUUACCAGGGUAAAUUAUUUGUCGCUGCGUGCUCAGACAAAGCUCGUGUACCAAACAUUAUUAUGUCUUUAUAUGCGAAUCACAAAUUCUACCCUGAACCAUGGCAACUGUUAAUGUGCAGAAAUACGACAUCUGCUGAAGAAAUUUCACUUUUCAUUAAAAGAUGCUUCCUUGCCUCAAAAAAUGGUUAUGAAGGACGAUUAUUUUGCAUUGCGGGUUUAGAAUUUCUUGAAUUUGAAUUACAAUACAAGUUAGUUAACGAAUUACGUAGUUUUCAAGAAACUGAACCAAAUUAUUAUUUGGCUUUGAUAUGUUGUCAAGAAAAUGGAAUUCAUCAUCACAUUCUUGACCAAUUUUUAGAAUAUGUGCUUUUCACUAAUGGUCUUGGUGAAAAUACCAUGAAAAAUAUGUACAAAGAACUUUGCCCAAACGUGGUUUGCGUUACCUCUGAAUUUUCUGGUCAAGGAAAAACAGAAUAUAUAAAGAAUACUAGCGCUAGAGAUAAUUUUAUUACGCGAAACUUGUUGAUAGGCGAUAACAUACAUUUUGACGAAUUAGUUGUAAAACUAAAAGAAUGUAAACUCAAAUAUAUGGAGAGUAUGCAUUUGAACAUUAUUACUGUUAAUAAUCCUAAUAUUCUUAAUGCUUUUCUUUUCGAAUUUUUAACACUUGGAACUGUCUCAAGCAAGCUGAAUUUUGUUUUUCUCCCAAAACUUGUGUUCAUAGAAGUUGCAUCAUCUAAUAAUGAACGUUUACUAAACUCAAUUCCAAUUGCAAAAUGUCUUAAAAGGGUGCACUUGACUUGGGACAUAAAAAAUUUUAUUGUUUCGCGUGAAAUUACUAGUCCGAUUCAAAUAGUAGCUCACUAUUUAGAUGCUUACGACAGUAAACAAUUAAUUGUCAAAGAUAUUUUGUUAGCCGGAAAAAAAGCUAUUAAGAGACCUAUAAAUCCAGCACGAUGUCAAGAAUUAGUGCAAAAAUACUUUUUUGAAGGCAAUGAUGAAAAUAUAAAAUCUUAUCGAUUUGUAGAAAUCUUUUUAAAUGUAUUUGCAGAUCAGUUGGUUCGCUUAUCAUUAAGUUCAUUUUUCAAUGUCAACAAUAUUAAACUUAUGGUCAAAGAUAAAAACAUUCGUACAACAUUGUUGAAAACCCUACUUGAUGUAUCUAAGGAUUUUGCAACACGCUCGGUCGCUACAAAGGCAGCUCAAUUAGAAUCAAUACAAUUACCAGAGAACGAAGAUAAUGAUCAACUUGAGACCAUU